UGUCAAAAAACAAAGAAAGAAAUGUAAAUUACGACAUGGCUGGUUUCCGGGAUAUAGACAAAGCAUUAUUUCCAAUAAAAAGCAUUAACACAGUGGUACAACUCUUCAGAAAUCAAUUAGAGGGCCUCUCGGAUCCCGAUCUUGCAUUACUUUCAAUUGUUGCGGGAAUAAUCGAAAAUUCUUUAACAAGCCGGUCUAAUGGCGCGCUUCAAGUAUGUGAACCAGUGGAACAGAACAAUCUACCGAUUUUAGAAGUAAAAGCGGUAGAACUCUUGUAUAACAAGUUCAAAAGUAUUAUGACAAAUGCUGUCGAUCAAAAUAAGUCCAAAUCUUUUGCUACCAGAGAACUGGUCAAGAAAGUAUCAGAUGUUAUCUGGAAUUCCCUUACCAGAAGCUAUUAUAAAGACAGGGCCCAUUUACAGAGCUUAUAUAGUUAUUUAAGUGGUAGUAAGUUAGAUUGUUUCGGUGUGGCAUUCGCUGUUGUCGCAGGGUGCCAAUGUUUGGGUUACAAUGAUGUACACCUGGCUCUAUCAGAAGAUCAUGCCUGGGUAGUUUUUGGAGAGAAUGGGACAGAAACUGCUGAAGUUACUUGGCAUGGAAAAGGCAAUGAAGAUAAGAGGGGACAAGAGAUUGGUAAAGGAGUGUCUGCAAGAUCCUGGUUGUAUGUAAACAACAAACCUGUAGUGUGUACAAGACACAUGGAAGUGGCAGCUUUAGUUUCUGCUAUAAAUCCAUCCUUAAACUCAACCCAUGAUGCUUAUGAAGUUGCUUUGCUCCAGCAAGAACUUCUAUGGUUGUUAUAUGAUCUAGGGCACCUGAAAAAAUAUCCAAUGGCUAUUGGUAAUCUAGGAGACUUGGAGGAAAUCUCAGCCACAGAAGGCAAAGUGCCAUGUAAAUUACUUUUUGAGGAAGCCAUAUUCUCAGCAAGAAACUACUACAACAAUCAACAUGUGUAUCCUUACACAUAUCAGGGAGGUUACUUUUACCGCAAUAAAAUGUAUGAAGAAGCUUUUGAGAGUUGGGCAAAUGCAAGUGAUGUUAUUAGACUGUACAAUUACUCAAGGGAUGAUGAAGAAAUAUACAAGGAAUUUUUAGAAAUUGCCAAUGAGUUGAUUCCUCAUAUAAUGAAAAUAGAAAGUUCAGGAUUCAGUGCUAACACUAUAUUAAAAAAGCCGAAAUGUUUUGCUGACUUACUCCGCUUCUAUGAUGGUAUUUGCCAAUGGGAAGAAGGCAGUGCAACCCCAGUUUUACACAUUGGAUGGGCUAAACCAUUGGUUCUUACCAUAUCCAAGUUUGAUGCAGAUGUUAGAGCUCAGGUAAAUAUUGUCUGUGAUAAGUCUGAAGAAGACAAAAUAUUGAAGAAGAAUGGUACAUAUUUUAAUAACAAUAACUAUGAGAAAGAAAAUGGAUCUACAAAUAACGAUCACAGCAUACCUUCAACCGCAAAACCAACUGCAGAAGUCGACAAAUCACCAUUUCAUCCGAGUAUUGAGGCCCUCACAGCAGCAUGUUCAGAGAAAAUUCUGAACCCAGAAUAUUUGUUACAGGGAGAUGGUUCACCAUUUGUGGGUGGUGACUAUCCAGAUCCUGCACCAAUAAAUACACCGUCGGAAUCCGAAGAAAAAAUAAAUGGCCGACCAAGUACCUCAAAGCAAGAUCCUCUCGGCAGUCCUUCCUCAUCAACAGAAGAGCCCCCUCCCCAAGACACAAGGCCUACCAUCGUUCUUCACAGCCAGAAAAUGAAACAGCUGAAAGACUUACUUCUGGCAGAAAAACUCAACACACAAGCUAUAUCUUUACAUCUCACCGCACAGUCUCAGGUGCAGAUUGGAAAGAAAGGCAGAGGAGAUGGUGAUAACAUCAGGCCUAAGAGGGCAAGGCGAGAAUAAACGAGAGGAAGAGCAUGUAUACAACUUUGGUACUUAAUUCAUUGUUGUAAAACUGACAGGUAAAAUUAAUUUGUCAAUUUAUUUUUGAGUCAUUAGUGCGGGAAACUUUUGAGUCAUUUUGAUAAAUUUUAAUGAUUGUGAAUUAUCGAAGUCCAAAAAUAAUACAUAAACAUAGAAAUAUGUUAUAUGUGAGGAGCAGGUCUUCUCUUGAUAUCAUUUUUAUAUUUAUUCUAAUUAUAUUUGAAUCUUGCGAGCUUACAUUUUAUAUUUAUUUUAAACAUAUUAUAUAAUAAAAAUUUUGAUUUCAUUUUAUUGGACAAAAUUAACACUAUAUUCUUUUUUAUUAGUGUUUCUUGAGCAAUUAAGUAAAGAACUGUGUUACAUAAAUGAAAAUAAACUAAUAAAAUGGUGAUAUUACCUAUACUUUAUUUUUAGCAUAUACAGGGUGUGCCAAAACUUUGAUACGUAUCUUUAUGACUCAUUUUAUUUAAAAAAAUCCAGCUUUUGUUAAUAUUGUUGUAUAUUUGUUGAACUCGAUAAUUUACUCUCACAAUUCUUGAACAAAAAUAGACAAAUAUUUUGACUGCUACUUCAUGAUUUUAUAUUCCGUUUGUAUUACUUUUUGUGAAAAAGUAGCAGUUCUUGUCUGUAGGUACAAACAACAUAAUGCAGGGCAUUAGUGUUAAAAAUAUAUAUAACUAAGAUUGUGAAAUUUUACCUGAAUAGAAUUUUUGAAUAUA